GCGAACUCUUUCCUAGACGGUGAAGAGGGCGGAAUGAUCCGACGCUGUGGGGGGAGGGGAAUGUAGUGCCGGCGGCCGCCAUCUUGUGGCGAGAAUCAGGGUCUCGGAGUCCGGGGACCGAGCGGACACCGGGCGGGAACCGAGGCGGACAGGCCUGGACUGGACACCCGGGGGAGGGAGGGGGAGAGAGAGAGAGGAAACAGAACCGGGCAUCACGGAGUCGGGCAUCGGGGUGAACACAACCGGAGCCGGGCACUGGAGGGGGGGUGGGGGGGGGGUUAACCGGAGCCGCCGGGCGGGACAGGAGCCGGCACCGGGGGACGGAGCCGGUCAGCACAGCAACCGCCGCCCGCCCGCCCGCCUGCCUGCCUGCCUGCCUUCAGCCUCCUUUCCCACUGCUCCGACCCCCCUUAGCGGCUGAGGCCGGCCCACCCGCGGGAUGGCGCUGAAGCGGAUUAACAAGGAACUCAAUGACUUGGCUCGUGAUCCUCCAGCACAGUGUUCUGCAGGCCCAGUUGGAGAUGACAUGUUUCACUGGCAAGCCACAAUCAUGGGACCUAAUGACAGUCCAUAUCAGGGUGGAGUCUUUUUCUUGACAAUUCAUUUUCCUACAGACUACCCUUUCAAACCACCCAAGGUUGCAUUUACUACGAGAAUUUAUCACCCAAAUAUUAACAGUAAUGGCAGCAUCUGUCUUGAUAUUCUAAGAUCACAGUGGUCUCCUGCAUUAACUAUUUCUAAAGUUCUAUUGUCCAUUUGUUCACUGUUAUGUGAUCCAAACCCUGAUGACCCAUUAGUGCCAGAGAUUGCACGUAUCUACAAAACAGAUAGGGAAAAGUACAACAGACUAGCAAGAGAGUGGACAGAAAAGUAUGCAGUGCUCUAGGGUAUAACAGAAUAGCCCGAGAGUGGACUCAGAAAUAUGCAAUGUGAUACCUUGGAAUUCAAAUAUCUUGCAUUAUAGCUGAAAUAAACUUUAAAUUACUGAUUUUUGGUUUUCUAUUUGGCUGCUCCCAUAUAAGACCACAUCCUUCAUUCCACCAUCCACAUGCUCUUGAGAAAACAAUUUAGUACUUCCUGCUUCGACAAGAUCAGCUCUCUGAAUUUCUAAUGUACUUUCAUCAAUCAUCUGAAACUCUGACCUCCUUUAUAAAUGGAGCAUGUGUUAAGUGGCCAAUACCUUCAUAAUAACUUGGUUAUGAGACUAAAAGCAUUCCUCGUUGCUGUAACGGUGGUGCUUUUCUUUUUUUUACUUGAAAUUGAAUAGGUCAGCAGUUUAACUCUAUCAUUAAAGGAUUGCUGAUUUGUUGGACAGCAUUUUUAAUUUUCCCCAAAUAAAAUGGCAUUUGAGUUUAUUUACUUUAUGCUCAUAACUUUGUUAUCAUGGUGGAUUGGUACAGGAUGUUAUAGUGUCAGCAUUAAUUAAAAUAUCCUCUGUAUUUUAUGCAUGUGUUAAUAAAAGGAAUGACUUAAGGUUUUUGGUUUUGCGCAGAAUGGAAAUGGAAGUUGCUGUCUCCCUACUUUCCCAAAUGGACUAGCUCAGAUCAUUUUUGUAAAUUUCAUUUAUAGUACUGCUUUUUAAAAAAAAAAAUUACAGCUAUUAGUUAAUCUGUUUUCCAGAACACUUUUACAUGGCACUGAAUUAUGAUUCAAAUCUGUUGGUUGACUGAUCAACUAAUAGCUCAUAUUCAUUGGGUUUUUCUUUUUAAUAAAGUUGCAUAAACCAAUUUUAAGUAGCCUGAAUGAAUGCAGUACAACUUGCUUUCUUUUAGUCAUUUCAACAUAGCUGUAUGUCUUUAGUGUGCAGCAUUUCAGAUUAUUUGUAAAAGUGGGCUGGAGCCUCAAACUGUUUGUGAUGUGCAAAUUGAAAUAUUUUGCAAAACAAUUCUAACUAGUGGUUUUAAAUGCCUUAAUGCUGUAUCUUGAAAUACACUGUUCUACAUCAUGUUCAUGCUUAAUGUAUGAUAACACUGAUUUUUAUUUUUACACUAAAAAGUAAUUCCAGAAAUUAAUUGGCAGAUGUAAGCUUACAGAGCUUUGAUAGGAAUACAGUUUGUACUGUCUAAGCAAUGAGUAGCACACAUGCUGCUAUAAACCAUUUUAUAUAUCUGCUCAAAGCUAUAUUAUGGGAUUGUCACUAGUUUCAACAAUGCAAGUGUUCUUUCUUGAGAGACCAGCUCUUAUCUGUUAAAUGAUAAUUUAGCGAAUGGAAGCCAGGAGUUGCAACUUGAAAUGCAAAUUUUUACCCCAUCCAUCCAUCCACCCACUUUGCACUUGAGUUUUUGCAGUUUAAGAUCUCUCAUUUUAAUUGGAUAAGAGAGGCGGAACAAUUACUUAUCAUUAGUUAUGCUUCAUUUUAAAUUUUUUUCAAAGUGUGGAUAUUUUUGAUACAAGAACUCUUUACGUCUUGAACUGUUAUAUAAACUUGUGUAAAUCUGAAGAUGCAGUAAUUAAAAUAUUACUGAAAUGAA